AUGUCGCACGAACUGAAAGCGAUCACAAUAAAAAAAACCAAUAACAAAUUACCUUUGUUAUUAAACAAUAAAAUUGUAUUUAAAAAGGAUAUUUUACCGUUCAAAGGUCAUGUAAAGGUUUUCAAAACUGUUCAAUUUCAAGAGGACGUGUUGUACGAAUCGAAACCCGGGGAUUUUUUGUCCGGGGAUGCCCGUGAGAUAACUAUAGUGAAUAGAUUAAAUAAAAGUGACAAUUCUUCACGUACUAUAGCCAAGUGCAAGUCGCAUUCUGGUGAAGUGUAUGAAAAAACAUCGGAUAAUAUCACAAAAAUUAUCGGCCAGCGUAGUUAUGACACCCUGUUCAGUGCGUUGUGUUCAGUUAUAAAUCAGGAGUUAAGAAUACGUGGGAUAUACUCUCUUCUUACAGUUCCUAAGACGACAAAUACUUGCGGUUGUCAAGUUGACGAUAUAAAAGUUUUAUUAAAUAGUGCCACCGAAAAUUAUCAUAAAAAAAUGGAAGUGCAUUGUCAAACUGACGAAUCAUACUUAGAUACAUAUAAGAAGAAUACUUUAAGACGCAGAGCAAAGAGAAGUCAGUUAACACCAUAUGUUAUAAGAGAUGUACCGGAACAGAAGAAACCAAAAAGACUAAUAAUACCACCAAGCAAUUUCAGUACAAUAUUAAAGAACGUUGGCAGCAUGAAAAAAGAAUCUCAGAAGGAAGAAUUGCCAGACCUUGGGAACGGAACCUUAAUUGAUUGUGACUCGAACAACAGCAACCACAGUAACAGCAGUUUCUCAGCGUUAUCGGUUACAACAACACCAGAACUCCUCGAUAACCCCUACAGUAUGAUCAUGGCUAACGUUGAUAAAGUUACACAGGAACCCAACGGGAGCCAAAAACAAGAAAUGUAUACGCUCCAUGAUUUCGAUUCCGGAAAACUUAAUCAUAUUAACAAUAAAUGUCCACCUUUAAACAAAACAGUGCCCGUUACACCACUACAUCAACGGAUGAAUAUGGUAUUGCAACAAGGCUUGUAUGAUUACAACAACUGCCUGCAACAUGAUGAAAGUGGCCACCUGCCAAUCCACGCGGCUGUUUUGACAAACAACUUGGUUCUAUUAAAACGUCAAUGCCUGGUCCUGAAGAUGAAGGGAAUUUCAGUAGAUCUGCCAGCAGAUAACAUGACUCCCCUAAGAAUGUCACUGUACCAAGAAAACGUCCAAAUUACAUCACUGCUACUCCAGUACAACGCUGAUGUUCUUGACAGUGACGCUCAGGACAGGACGAACUUCCACAUAGCAGCUGAAAUGGCCACCGACCAUUUACAAGUACUCCUCAAUCAUUGCCGGCUUAAUGCCAGAAAAAUUCUAGAAGAAAGCGAAGUAUUAUGGAAACAGGAAUAUGCAAAAGAAUCAGAUAAAGAUUUAGCGAAAAUAUUGUUUAGGCAUAUCAAUGGGCUAUCUAACGAACAAGGGUAUACUCCUCUGAUGUUAGCCGCCAAAUUAGGGAUGUACGAGAAUGUGAAAAUUUUAGUUGAAACGGCCCCGGACAUGGUGAAUGUUAAGAUGCCCAGCAGUGGGAAUACCGCCCUGUAUCUAGCUGUGGGAGCAGCUUGUAUGGACUGCACAGAACGAGGCAACAAGGCGAAAGUGGUGGACCAUUUUAGAAAAACGAUAGAAAUCCUUGUGGAAAAUGGCGCUGACCCCAAUUCGAAGAACUUUGACGGCACCAACGUGAACGACCUUCUAACAGAAUACAACAUUGGAGAUCUGUCAAUGCUUAUAGCCAAUAAAAUGACCUGCAGGAAUUUUGGAACCAUAGGGGAUGGAAAACUACCCCUUGGAGCGAAACCGUUCGACUCCUUCAUGUUGGUCAAAGACGAGUCAGGGAAAGUCGAUAUUAAAAAAAUUGAAAAAUAUCGAAAAAGAACAAUCAAAAAUUCCAGGGUUGCCAAAAAAAGUCCUGCAGUUCAAAAAGUGGUUUGUAUCCCACCAUUGAACAGCCCGAAAUCACUUAUUAUUAAAUCUGAAAUUAUAAAAGGUGACAGCCCUACUCCUGACAGUAUAAGUCAUAAUAAUUCUAACGUGGACGUGGCAAAAGUUCAAAACUUUAGACUAAACAAACCCCUGAUUUUAAAGUCUGUUCCGUCGAAGAAUAAAAAGAAAUUGGAAAUAAGUAUUGAACAGAUUAAUAAGUCGAACACGAACGAUUAA